AUGACUCACCUCUCUGUUGCUUCGGCGAUGAAUCCUAGCGGGAUUGUCGCUGGCCCCGCGUAUCGGGCGUUUUGCCGAGGGCAUCGGGGGCGCAUUCCCUUAGGCGGCUUCUACUGUGCGAAAUAUUUGCAGAAGGCAGAGCCAAAUCCAGAGAGGUUGCGGGUUGAUAUGCUCGAGACGCUCCCUUCGCCCUACGGCCUCGUCCGCUACGGGGUUGCCCCAGACCAUCCUGAAGUGAAACAUGUCACAGAAGACUUUGACGUUGUUGCACGCCAUCCUGGCUUCCGCUUCUUUGGAAACGUCACUCUGGGUACGGAUGUCUCCCUGGAGGAGCUUCGGUCUCUCUACGACGCGGUUAUCCUCGCUUACGGCGCUGCCGGUGAUCGGCCGCUGCGGAUUCCGGGAAGCACGGAACUCCGUGGCUGUCUUUCUGCGCGUGAAUUUGUUGGAUUCUACAAUGCGCAUCCGCCGUCGCUUAAGAAGGCUCUUGCUCUCCUUCCCGAGCUCCCCCCUCACGGAGACGCCCACCGGCUAGGCCUCCGGCCACCGUCAGCAUGCGUUGUUGGAAAUGGAAAUGUGGCGCUAGACGCGGCUCGCCUGCUUGUAAAAGCCAGAGAGAAGCUGCGUGCCACAGAUAUUCACGAGCGCGCCUUGGACUGGUUCACUCACGCAGGCAUUCGGGAGGUUACCGUAAUCGGCAGACGAGGAUGGGUCCAGUCCUCCUUCUCCAACAAGGAGCUCCGAGAGCUGGUGACCGACGACACGAUCCUUGCAGUUAUUGAUCCCGCCGACUUCUCAGCGAGCCUCACCGAGGCUUCCUUGGAAGAACUCCGGGAGUCGCGUUUGAAGCAACGAUCGCGCGCACUCUUUGAGCAGAUGGCAGCCAACUGGGACGAACGCGAGAGAACAGAUCGGCCAAUUGUGCAUCUCCGUUUUCUGGCGUCUCCCGUUCGCGCUCUGCCUCAUCCUGACGACCCGUCGCGGAUCGGAGCCUUAGAGGUGACCCGCAAUCGCCUGGAAGGCUCGGCAGGCGCCCAGCGAGCCGUGCCCGAAGAGAGAGGAGCAACACGACAGGAAGACGGUCGAGAGUACGGAGAGGAAACGACUGUUUCGGCAGACGAACGCAUGCGAGAGGACUGGGCGUCGACUGCGAGGGACACAAACACAACCAAACCUAACCUCCCAGACAGAAGCACGCUCCCGACUUUUCUCUCUGCGGCCUCUGUCGCCUCUUCUUCGCGUUCCCCUCCUUCGGUCUCGUCGUCCUCUGUCCUGCCUGCAUCUCUCCUCAUUUGGAGCAUCGGCUUCCAGGCUGUGCAUGCGCCGAAUCUUAGGCUGCCGACGGUGCCAGGCACCGGAGCUCUAGUAAACGACGGAGGACGCAUUCUCGGUCUAGAGUCCGAUGACAGCGGCAGGACGACCCAGGGGGGGGUGUAUGCCAGCGGCUGGGUUCGCCGAGGCCCUCGGGGAGUGAUUGCGACGAACAUCAUGGACGCUCGCGAGACGGCUGACCGCGUUCUCGCCGAUCUUCACCUUGCUCAUUCCGCCACCGGUGCGCGCGCCGAGCCUCAGCUUCCGUCUGUGACCGCUCCCGUGUCGUCGGCGACCUCGCGUUUUCUCGGCGAUUCCUCGGAGACAGGAUCCAGAAGAGGCCUCGCGGGUGAGAAAGCAGAGGCGGAUGCUGGAGACGAGAGCACGCAGAAUGGGAAGAUUCAACGGGCCUCGCAGCCCGCAGAGGAACCCAACGCGCGGCCAGAAGAGGCGCACGCGGCGCUGCCUUCCCUCGAAGACCUUCUCCGAAGGCGCGCCGUACACCCUGUGACGUAUCAGGGUUGGCUGCGUGUGAAGGACGAAGAGAAACGGAGAGGCCAAACGCGAGGGAAGCCUGCAGAGAAGAUCGCAUGCAUCGACGAAAUGCUCGCCAUCGCCCACGGCGAGCCCCCAACGGCGGGGAUCCAAAGGCGUGACGACCGCCCUUCCCUCUAG